GCGGGGACAUUCGCGGGGACACUCACGGGGACACUCGUGGGGACACUCACGGAGGCAUUCUCAGGGACAUUCUCGGGGGCUUCGGCGCUCCCCGAGCUCCCCGAGAGGUUUCGGGGGCCGUGUGGAUGUUGCGUGGGGUCAUGAGCGACCCCACAGCACGACCGGAACGUUCGUGCGCGAGCGGAACGUUCGUGCAGAGCCGCGUUUCCCGGACGGUGACGGUUCGGAGGGACCAAAAUGGCGGCGCCCAGCGCCGAGGGAGCGGCAGUGGUGGCGGGGGAGGGGAAUCGAGCGCGGCCGCCCCCCGUCACCCCCCGGCAGAUCCGCGACCUCAUCGACGGCGGCAUCGCCACCGAGGGACCCGGGCCCGGCGGGAAAGACACAUCCGACUGCUCGGAGCCGGCUAAUGGACCUUCCCAAAUGGAGGCUCUUUCCUUGGAGUCAGCCAGCAGGGAAGCCUAUUUCAGCAGAGUGGAAACAUUCACCCCGCUGAAGUGGGCGGGCAAACCCCACGCGCUGUCCCCGCUGGUGUGCGCCAGGUUUGGCUGGGUCAACGUGGAGUGUGACAUGCUGAGGUGCUCCAGCUGCCAGGCCUACCUGUGCAUGAGCCUGCAGCUCGCCUUCGACCUCAGCAACUACAAGGAGCGCUGUGAGGAGCUCAGGAAGGCCCUGUGCACUGCCCACGAGAAGUUCUGCUUCUGGCCAGACAGCCCCUGCCCAGAUCGCUUUGCCAGGCUGCUGGUGGAUGAGCCCAGAGUCCUUCUCCAGGACUUCCUGGAUCGCUUCCAGAGCUUGUGUCAGCUGGAGCUGCAGCUGCCCUCCCUCAGACCAGAAGACCUGAAAAACAUGUCCCUGACAGAGGAAAGGAUCACUCGGCUCCUCCAGCUCAUCGGGGAGGAGCUGGAGCACAAAGGAACAGAGGGAGAGAAGCCUCCCGGGAAGUUUUCCACGGAAAUCCUGCAGGUGCACGUUCCCGCCUGUAUCCUGGCGCUGUGUGGCUGGACCUGCAGUGCUGCCUCCGGCUCCGUGAACCUCUCUGUGAUCACCUGCUCGCGCUGCAUGAGGAAGGUGGGGCUGUGGGGCUUCCACCAGCUGGAAUCUGCAGCUCCAGAGCCAGAUUCCUGCGGCUCCAGCAGCACCACCCCGGCUGCUCCCGAGCGCUUCCCGCCCGUUCCCACAUCCCCACGCAGGAUGCUCACACGGAGCCAGGAUCCGGGAUCUGAGCAGCAGCACGAGAAGAGCCCAUCCCCAGCUGUGUCCCGCCCACGGGUUUGGGAUUCUCCCAACUCCAUCGACCGGGGCGAGUUGGAUGGGACCAGCCCCACUCUGAGGAGCCGCCCUGUGACCCGGAGCAUGGGACAGGGGGACAACGUGGAAGUGCCAUCCAGCCCUGUGCGCAGGGCCAAGCGGGCACGGCUCUGCUCUUCCAGCAGCUCGGACGCUUCCCUGAGGAGCUUCUUUCACCCCAGCUCUCAGCACCGCGAUUGGUGUCCCUGGGUCAACACCGGGGAGGGAGAGGAAUCCCUGGAAGAUGCUGCAUCCCAGAUGGAGAAGGAGCCUGGGAAGGCUGAGCCAGGCUGGGAAGUGGUGCUGAAGAAGCUCCUUGGCAUCCGAAAAUGUGACACAGUGCCUGAGGCAGAGCCAGUGAGUCUCUCGGAGAAGUCCUGCAAGGUGUUCCGCAUUUUCCGGCAGUGGGAGAGCAUGAAUUCCUCCUGAGCAGGCCACUGCCUCUGGAAACCAGCACAGGGCAUCAGGAGAGAUCCAACCUCUCUGUUGUUCCUGCAGCAGCUCCGUGCCCUGGGAAGGGGAUCCGAGGAAGCUCCACGCCAAACAGAGCCCUGGCCACGCUGGGAUCCCCUUCCCUGACUGCCUUCCUGAAGCCCCUGCCUUCACAAACUGCUGCUGUGUCCCUCAGCUCUGAGGGCUGGAGCUGGGAUGUGCCAGGGGCGCGUGGGGUGACGAGGGGACACCGUCACCUCUGAGGUGUCCGUGGUGUCCGGCCGUGUCCCGCCGCCGGCAGCGCACGGAAGUGACGCCAGGUGGGAAUAAACAUUUCAUUUUUA